UGGACUCUGGAACUUGGCCGUUGACCUUCUUCUGCAGCAGCGUGGCAACACCUGGGGACUGGAGCCAGGGAGCAACCGAGCCAAGAGCAAUGGAGGCGGCGGGGAAGCGCGUGUGCGUGACCGGCGCGGGCGGAUUCAUCGCGUCGUGGCUCGUGAAGCUCCUCCUCUCCCGGGGCCACUACGCGGUGCGCGGCACCGUGCGCGACCCAGGUGCUAGCAAGAAUGCUCAUCUCAAGGCGCUGGAAGGUGCUCGAGAAAGGCUGCAGCUUGUCAAAGCUGAUUUAUUGGACUACAACAGCGUUGUAUCAGCAGUUGCUAGCUGUGAGGGUGUCUUCCAUGUAGCUAGCCCCGUCCCCUCUGGUCGGUCCUCCAACCCUAAGGUAGACGUCAUAGAUCCUGCUGUAACAGGCACUAGCAAUGUGUUAAAGGCUUGCUAUGAGGCGAAAGUUAGGAGAGUUGUGGUGGUGUCAUCAGCUGUAGCUGUGUUCAGUAAUCCUAACUGGCCUAAGGGCAAGCCCUUCGAUGAAGAAUGCUGGUCAGAUGAGGAGUACUGCAGGAAGAAUGAGAAUUGGUAUUACCUUUCCAAAACUCUGGCAGAACGUGAGGCUUUUGCUUAUGCAGCAAAAACGGGGCUGGAUGUUGUAACUAUUUGCCCAUCUUUGGUAUUCGGACCCUUGAUGCAGCCUACAAUAAAUACCAGCAGUAAAGUCCUCCUUAAUUAUAUUAAAGGAGAUCGUGACGCCAUUGAAAAUAGAAUCAGAAAUAUUGUGGAUGUUCGCGAUGUUGCUGAUGCUCUUCUUCUGGCAUACGAAAAAUCAGAGGCAUCUGGACGAUACAUCUGCUGUUCACCUCCAAUAAAAGUUUCUGAUAUAAUAAACAUAUUGAAGAACUUAUAUCCAACUUAUCCUUAUCCCAAAAACUUCGUGGAAGUGGAAGAGAACUCAGUUUUUAGUUUCGAGAAACUUCAGAAGCUAGGAUGGACCUUCAGGCCUAUAGAGGAAACCCUCCGUGACAGCAUCAAAUCCUACAAAGCAUUUGGCUUUCUGAACUGAGCAUCCAGCUAGCUCUGAAUUGAGCUUCCAACUGGGAUUGUUUCCUCUGCUGUUACCUCCAAACUCAUGCUAAAUAAUCUAAACAGUGAAAAAGCAGCUCCAUCACUAUAAUACAUCUUGAUUAAUGUAAACAGUGAAACAGAAGGUAUUGUUUGCGACAAAUUCAAGAAUGGAAUCAUACGGGAGCAAGAGGUUCAGCACUGUAUUUUCCAGCCUGUUUUAUCUUGAAUUCUUGAUGGUCCGGACCAAGUAUGUAGGCCUGGUGUUGACAACUAUUAUGACUUGUAAUGUUAUCAUUGCCAGGAAUAUAGGUGAUUCCUGCUAAUACAUAUAAUCAGACUGCUUGCUAUACA